AUGGGCGGUGGCGAAACAAUUGCACAUCAGAUCCUGAAGACCUUUGUGCUCCCUGACGUGGUCGCAUCCAAAACUAGCUCCAAAAAGCUCAUCAAUCUUUUGCGAGGAUGGCCUAAUCUGUCCUUACUCCCUACACAAUUGCUUGACAGAGCAGCCCACAAUGUGCUCCAACAUAAGCCUACUGCCUACCCAGCUCUUUGCUACGGGCCAGAUGCCGGUGACCCGCGACUGCGUGCCAAUGUCGCGCAAUGGCUGACUGCCUUCUACAAACCGGCCGACCCAGUGUCUGCAGAGCGAAUAUGCAUUUCCGGAGGUGCUUCGCAAAACUUGGCCUGCUUGCUCCAAGACUUCACAGACCCCUUGUAUACGAGGAACAUAUGGAUCGUAGCACCGGCCUACAUGCUGGCUUUUCGCAUCUUUGAAGAUGCUGGCUUCCACAAAAAGCUUCGGGCCGUUCCCGAAGAUGAUGAGGGCGUCGAAAUGGACUAUUUGAGAAGUGAGAUUAAAAAAAGUGAAGACAACGCAAUUGCAGAGAACAACAAUGAGCCGCUUCUGAAGCCUCCACGCCCAUUCAACAAAAUAUACAAACACAUCAUCUACGCUGUGCCAGGCUUCUCUAAUCCUAGCUCCAAAACAAUGAGCUUGCGGAGAAGAGAAGAACUCGUGCAUUUGGCGAGAGAGUAUGAUGCUCUUAUCAUCACAGACGACGUAUAUGACUUUCUGCAAUGGCCCUCCAGUCUCACCCCUAGCACUCUCUCAAUCGAAAAUGCCAGUCUACCUCGCAUCGUAGAUGUGGACCGAUAUCUCGGUGGCGGCGCCGAAAGGCAAGGUGCAGACGGGUUUGGCAAUGCCGUUUCCAAUGGCUCCUUCUCUAAGAUAUGCGGCCCAGGCCUCCGCACGGGUUGGUGCGAGGGCACUCCAAAACUGGCCUACGCCGUUUCACAAACAGGAUCGAGCCGCUCAGGUGGAUCACCCAGUCAGCUGACAGCUUGUUGUGUGGCCGAUACGUUGGAGACUGGUGAACUCCAGCGCUACGUGUACGAUACGCUUCAACCCGCGUAUGGUGACCGAUACAGGCAUAUGAUGGAAGCCAUCAACAAGUACCUCCUUCCCCUAGGGGUUCGUGUCCCGCAGACUGAUCGUGAAGUUGUGGGCGGAUACUUCAUCUGGCUCACACUGCCCCCGCCACUGAAGGGCGCCGAGGUGGCACAACGCGCAAAGGAGGAUGACAACUUGGCUGUUGCACAAGGCGAAAUGUUCGAAGUCCCCGGCGACACUAAACACAAAGGCACAUCUUUCAGCAACGACAUCAGAGUCUGCUUUGCGUGGGAGGAAGUAAAUAUGCUCGCAGAAGGCAUCCAGCGACUUGCCGAUACAAUUAGCCGCAUGUUGAGCGAGGAGACUAACAGCAGAUAUAGCACCAAGCGGCCCGCUAGCCAAGAAGAGGAUGCAAAGGCCUUGUGGUGA